AAAAUCAUUACUCAUAAUUGCUUUUUUUUAUGUUAUUACUGCAAACCAAAUGAUUGAGUUCUACAGGAAAUGCUAAUUGUUACAUCACAUCGUUGUUCCGCUGCACUGUCCCCUUUGUGUAAUCUGCUAAUCUCUGGAAAGUAUUGUGCUGUUCUUUGUUUCCUAAUACCUCAGCAUUCUCUAAUCCCCUUUUGAGGAAAGUCACACUGUCUGAAACAUGGCUUUGAAUAUAGGACAAUUGUAAAAAUGUAGUAAAAGUUAUAUCUCACAUUGUUAAUGCAUUAAUAGUAAACAUGAAAUAAAUAGAAAUAUUAAUUUAGUGCUAUUUUUGAAUAAUUAGUAUUGCAUAUGUUAUUUUUAUUAUGUUAUUACAUAUGAUAUUGUAUAUAAGCGACCCGACCCCGGAUAAGCGGUAGACGAUGGAUAGGUUUAUAUAUAUCUUAAUAAUUGUCCAGGUGGGAUUACAACAGGUGUCUGGGGGUAUUUAUAGGUAAACAUCUCAGAUGUCAGAGGCUUAGUGAUGAAGGGGCUUAUCAAGUACGAUUAUGUCUUCGUGUUAAAUCAUUUACACCAAACACACACGGGUCAGUGCGUCAGAGGGCUGUGUGCAGACCAGACUGACUGUUUGGUCCGAUAACUUCAAACUCAGGAACUCGGUUUCUUCUGAUGCAGGUUAUCUGUUGGGGAAAAUGAACACUCUGGAGAAUGUCCCAUUUCAGACCCUACUGGGUCCACCGGAGGAGGAAGUGCAGCUUGCGACGGCACCAGACAUCGCUAUACCAGACUGCCAUCGGAUACUACGAGACACUAAGUAUGGAUUCAACCUGGAGAAAUUGAUCUUAACUAGACAUCAGCCAGUCUGUCAGGCCCCAUCCUGCCCCCCAUACUGCCUGAUGUUCAGCAGCCCUCAGGAGAGCCACAGGGCCAAUCGCAGGAGAGGCGACACGUUUGGCCCUCGACCCCGCAGUCACAGCCUGAACUCUGCAGACAGUCGCUGGCACCAUCGCACAGUCAAGUUCCUCGUAUCUGACUCAGAGGAUGAAGAUGGUUACUAUGAGGAUAGUGAAGCCUCCUCCACUGAAGACGCCCCUCGCCACAUCAAAAGCAGAGAGCGGCCAUGGAGCGCUGCACCCAAAGACCCACUCUCCAGAGUCAAAGACAUGCACCCUGGUCCUUCAUCUCCCCGCUGUAAGCCUGCCUCACCGCAGAUCUUCAGAGGCUCUUUACCUUCUCUGCGAGCACUGGAGCAGAACAGGUCACGGCAGGCCAGCCCCCUCCCACACGGACAGAAGAACAGCAAAAAGAGGCAGCGUUCACAGAGCUCUGUGGGCAGAAAGUACGUCCAGAACACACCACCUGCACCCAGGCUGCAGCAGCAACGACCUUCCUCUGCUGGGACCCUUGUCAAAAACCGCAGACAGGCCCUGGGGACCUGCGGCUCCCGUGGGGUUUUCUUUGACUCUGCAGCAGAGUUGUUGUCAGCACUCAGCCAGGAAGAGAGGGAGCUACUUGAAACCGUCACAGAGAAGGGCUACCCUUUACGCACAGCUAUUCUAGCUCUGCAGAAGACCGGCCAUCACAGCCCAGAGAAGAUCCUAAAAUACCUGGUAGCCAGUGAGCGUCUGUGUGCGCUGGGUUAUGAUGAAGCGCAGGUGGAGGAGGCCUUGGAGAUGUUUCAGAACUGUGAGAGCAAGGCUGCUGAGUUCCUGCACCUUCUGACUCAGUUUAAUGAGAUGGGCUUCAAGCAAAGUGCAAUCAAGGAAGUGCUGCUUGUUCAUGAAAAUCACCGUGAGAGGGCUCUUGAAGAACUCAUGACACGCAUGGCUUAAACAGAACAUCUAUUUGUAGUCUGCAUGGAGAAUAAAUCAUUGACAGAAUAUAUAGAAACUAGUAUAUAUAUGUAUUAAGAUGUCAAAAUAUAAAUACUUCCGCCUACUUCUGCCUGAUUCAGUUAUUGUAAAACCUUUGCAACUCAACCAUACCGGCUUGGAACAAAAAAAACAUUCAGGUACAUUAGAAAUGACAAGAUCAUAAAUUAGGUAUCGUAAAGGUUUAUUUACAGGAUUCUUAAAAAAAGCACUGAAAAGGAAAUUUAGCUUUCAUCCGAGCUGGAGAAAUAAAAUCAUGGUUCGUUGGCUAGCUACUACAGUACUAAAACGAAGAAGUGCUCUAGAUAUGGUUAACAGCAUUUCAUUUAUAAGGCUUUACCC